UUUUGGGCGGAAUAUGGUUACAUAUGUAGCUGCGUCGGAGAAAACAAAGGAAAGCGUAGCAGAGCGUUGGGAAUACAGCUGGUGCCGGGUUGCACCUGAGUACGUUUACCACCUGCAGAACUGAAGAAUGUCUGAAGAUCUCACGAAAAGUGCAUCUAAGAACAUUGCAAAAGAAACAGAAGAUGGAACAUUAAGUUCCGCUGAAGCAAGAGAACCGGAGAAGCAGAAAGAUGAACAAGAUGCACAUGGCCAAGGUCUACAUCACACUCAAAUAUCUCUCUCAGCUUGUAAAAAGAUAUCGUACGUGUCGCAGUUUUUGGUGGUUGCUAUCGCUGUGACAGCAUUUUGCUCUAUAGCGUACCUCAGUAUACGUAAUCUGACUUCAAGUCACAUCCUUCAGAGUAAGAAGAUAAUCCCUCGGAAUGACGCAUGGUUUAAGCUAGCUAUAUGCGUUCGACCCUUUAUUCAAAAAGAGAUUUUGUCAGAAUUGUAUCGCCUUAAAAUAGGAAUGACUUUGGAUGAUUACGUUAAGUCUCUUCGACCACCCUCGGCAUGGAAUUCAACACAGUGGCUGGACGUCACAUUGCGGCCAUUAGGCUAUAAACUGUAUUUUCAAGAGGUGCACCCGUGGAAUAAAAUUAAUGUAAGCGACGUUUGGUCGUAUCAAAACGACAGUUUCCGGAAGGCUUUUCACGAGUUCAAGGUAAAUGACGUGCGCAUAACGUCCAAGAUGGGCGACAUGGAUACUUUGGAAGACUACGACAACUGGCAUUAUUCGGGGACCUCAGACGACAUUGAAUAUGCGGUCUUGACAACCGAAAAAAGCUUGAAUUCAACAAGAGCGGACUAUGCUCUUUUGGGAGAAUACUCUCUCGGUCCCCUUUACGGAGGAUGCUUGAAUAUCACUGUCAAUGAAACCAUGUCAAAGCGACAAAUGCAGCUCGAUGUGAGGUUUAAUAGCGACGUGUAUUCCAAGUAUAAGUCUCAAACCAGUAAUUACGGCCAACAGCGGGUCAAAACAAACUUGUUUGGGGAGGCCGAUCUUUUUGUGUACGACACCGGUGACUUUUUUACAGAAAUACCCAUCAUUCAAAAGUUUAGUAAGUUUAGUAUUCGUUCAAAUACACUAGAGCGUCUUUGGGUAACGGGCUCCAGCCACCAGCGGGAAGCUACCAAAGCGAAACAUUGCGUAAACACGACGGACUAUUCGCAAACCAAUUGCCGCAAGUGGUGCAUAAUGCGAAAACUUUUGAAGUCGCUGGAAUGUAUUCUGCCGUGGAUGCGAGAUGUGAUACAGAAACCUUGGAUGGAAAAAGAUUACGGAAAACUGCCUGUGUGCCCAGAUCAGGAAAGUUUUACGAAAACGUGGGAAAUUCAGCAACUGUACCUCACUUCAACAGGAGCUAAAAUGCCUCGCCCGGUACAGAAAUGCAUGGAAAGCUGCCCCGAUCACUGCCUUUCGUUCAAGGUAAGUCUUUUAUCACUUGGAAGCAAAUCAGUCGGCAGUAACUACGGUAUAAGCUUGACCAUCUCACCUGAAGUGGAGUCUGUGAGGGAGCACCGUGAGUACACCUUUGAGAACAUGGUGGCCGAGUUGAGUGCCUCCAUUAGCUUCCUGCUGGGCCUGUCCGCCAUCGCCAUCUACGACUGGCUGGUGGCCUUCGGCGUCUGGUCGGCCAUCCGGCUAGGCUUGUAUGAAGACGACCUCGACGGAGAAGACGAGUACUACGCGCCUGAUGGCGAAGAGGCGGCAUGGCCAUCCGACACAGUUGGCGGCUUGUCGCAGCUUCAGGUGCUUCCCGAGGAGAGGGGCGAAGGCGGGUCUCUCACCCCCUCGGAGGACGGCCGCGACGACGCCGCCAGCCUCAUCUGGUACGUGGAGCCUAGCGCUAAGGAGGCCGCCGACAAAUCGACGUCACCCAAGGCUGUGGCUGCCCCCCGGAGCCGUCGCCGAGACAGCCUCGAACUGCCGACGGUCGGCAGCGGUCCAGAGGCUGGGUCAUGGAGGCCACCGACCCCCUCCGGCGACGGCCUCUCUCAGUACGCCACGCCGAGCGGCGGCUCCUCGCAGCCGAACCCCGAGGCCUGACCUGGCCGGCGCCGGCGGGGCGCGUCAUGCCACGGCGCGGGUCACCGGAGUCGAACGACGCGGCUGACAGUCUGGCCCGAGACUGCGUGCAGCUACCAGCCGUGUCGGCAUUCCUUGCAUUGUCUCUGGUACGAUUCCACUGCCGUCGUGCCUAUUGGCUAUUAUAUUGUUUAUUGGCAUGCGCUAUCGGCAAAAUGUUUCCCGGGCUGUUGUCACCCUGAGUCACUCACCGUGCCCCUGCUAACAAAAUGUGCGUCGUGUAAGUUUAGAUGAGUGUCCAUCCUUGCGUUGUUGCACCGUUCAGCUUGGAUUUAUUGGUACUGGGUGUGGUGCUCUCGCGUCGGCGUCUGGCGUGGCGCUCUCGCAUCGGUGUCUGGCGCGGUGCUCUCGCAACGGUGUCGUGUGUGUCGCUCUCACACCGGUACCGGGUGUGGUUCUCUCGCAUGGGUGUCUGGCGUGGCUCUCUUGCAUCGGUGUCUGGUAUGGCGCUCUCGCAUCGGUGCCGGGUGUGGUGCUCUCGCAUCGGUGUCUGGCGUGGCGCCGUCGCAUCGGUGCCGGUUGUGGUGCUCUGGCAUCGGUGUCCGGCGUGGCACCCUCGCAUCAGUGUCUGGCGUGGCGCUCUUUCAUCGGUGUCGGGUGUGGUGCUUUCGCAUCGGUGUCUGGUGUGGUACUCUCGUAUCGGUGUCGGGUUUGGUGCUCUCGCAUCGGUGCCGGAUGUGGUGCUCUCGCAUCGGUGCCGGGUGUGGUGCUCUCGCAUCGGUGCUUUGUGUGGCGCUCUCGCAUCGGUCCUGGGUGUGGCGCUGUUCAUCAUUUCCACCGAACUGAUGGUAGUCCAGUAUGGGUGUUUUGUGUGGUGCUCUUCCCAAUUUUCCAUUAAGUCUGAUAAGCUGUUUUCGCUGUCUGCUCCAUUCCGUUCAUUAUUGCAAUUGUUUCUCUCCGUCUUCGUGGCGUUGCCUUGAUUUUUCACCGUAUAAUUAUGGACUGCCACCAAUAAACUUAAGUAGGACUCCA